GCAUCAAGCCGAGCAUCAGACGCGGCAGAAGCUGCUCGAGAACCUGAGCCCACAGCUACACGCCGAGGUUUGCACUGCGCUGAACUUGCCCUGGAUUGAGAAGGUCUACUUCUUCAAGCAGUUCAUGUCGCUGAUUGAGGCCCUGGAGACAGGUGGUGCGCACAGCGCUCCGUUCCGCGCCUGCAUUGCCGACGUUUCCAGAGAGCUUCAGACGGCCGCCUUCGCACAAAAAGAGAUCUUUGACAACGUGCAGGUACUCUACAUCCUCUCAAAGGGUUUGGUGGCCCUCAACAGCCGCGUGGGCCACAAUGGCGCAGUCUGGGGUGAGGACUUUGUGCUUUCGGACACAAGCCUCAUUCGACCAGUUGCUGGUUUUGCCCUCACGUACAUCGAGGUUUUCUUCCUGACUCGCGAGGCCUUCAUGGGGGUGAUCGAGCGCCGAAGGAUCACGUGCCCUCAGCUUGGCCAGGUGGUCCGCCGUUACUGCGUGCGGGUGGCCGUCACUCGUGGGGUCAUCGCCGAAGCGAGGAGGCGCCUGCAGCAGCAGCGGGCUUUCCCUGUCGUCGGGAAGAGAGGACAAGGCAGCCAGCAAACUCAGGGCUCAUCAUCCAGUGCCGCCAGUGCUGCCAGUGCCGCACAGCAACUUCUGCCUGGUUCUUUGGAAGAGUAA